AACAACACCUCAUUCCUUCCGGACGCCUCGACCUGACAAAGGUAAAUCUCUCCCGAGGACAAGAUUCUGUCUUUGGUCUUGCUGAACGCCAACAUGGCCGCCAACUGUGUGCUGACCGAGGACCAGUUCCUGUGCGGCAUCUGCCUGGACGUCUUCAUCCAGCCGGUGACGCUCCCGUGCGGACACAACUUCUGCAAGGGCUGCAUCGACCUGCACUGGACCAUCCAAGGCAAGAACAACUGUCCCACGUGCAAGGUGGUCUUCCCCCAAAAAAUGGACCUGCACAUCAACAUCUUCAUCGCCAAGAUGGCCGAACAGUUCAAAAAGUCCACGCGGGUUCGCGCUCCGAGCGUCAGGCCGCGCGGAAGCGUCACGUGUGACGUCUGCGUGGUGAACAAAGCGCCGGCGUUAAAGUCCUGCCUGGUGUGCGUGGCGUCCUAUUGCGAGGAGCACCUGGAGCCGCACCUGACGGCGUUGCAGCUUAAGCGACACCAGCUGACCGAGCCGGUCCAGAACCUGGAAGGCCGAAUGUGCGGGUUGCACGACAAACCUCUGGAGCUCUUCUGCCGGAGCGACCAGACCUGUGUGUGCAUGAUGUGCUCGCUUUUGGAACAUAAGCAUCAUCAGGUGGUUCCGCUCAAGGAAGAGUGUGACAAGAAGAAGUCGGAGCUGUGGAAGACGGAGGCGGAGCUCGAGCGCUCCAUGGACAUGAGGCGCAAAAAGGUAGAGGAGUUCAGGCGCGUCGUCAAGUUGAACAGGGACGCCGCGGACAAAGAGCUCGCCCAGGGAAACGACUUCUUCCGUUUUUUGACGCAGUCUGUGGAGAAGGCUCAGGAUGAGCUUGUCCGGAACAUCGAGGCGAAGCAGAGAAGUAUUGAGCAUGAAGCCAGCGUUCUGGUCCAAGAGCUGGAGAAGGAAGUCAGCCAGCUGACCAAGAGACAGUCCGAGGUGCGGCAGCUGUCAAAUGCUCAAGAUCAGCUUCAGUUCCUGCAGAGCAUACGCCCGCAACCCUCGCUACGCACCAAAGACUGGACCAAGGUCCAAGUCAGUGCGGAGCCCUUCGAAGGCACAUUGAAGACCACUGUGCAGCAGCUGGAGGAGAAGCUCAGUAAACAACUGAAGAGGGUGAUGCGGUCCGCCGAGAUGAAGCACAUGCACCAGUUCGCCGUAGACAUUACGCUCGACCCGGAAACGGCGCAUCCCGCACUCAUCCUGUCCUACGACAAGAGGCAGGUCUAUCACGGAUCCGUGGACAGAGAUCUCCCCAACAACUCCAAGAGAUUCAACCCGAGCUGCUGCGUACUCGGAAAGCAGAGCUUCUCUUCGGGAAAGUUCUACUUCGAGGUCCACGUGGAGGGCAAGACCCGGUGGACAGUGGGCGUGGCCAAAGCAUCCAUCAAGAGGAAGGGCGUUAUCGCCAUCAGUCCGGAAAACGGCCACUGGGCCAUCUGGCUGAAGAACGGCAAUGAGUACGCGGCGCUGGAAGGUUCUCCUCGUCCUCUGGCAGUGAAGACCAAGCCCAAGCGCGUGGGAGUCUUCGUGGACUACGAUCUGGGUCGGGUCUGCUUUUACGACGUCAACACCGGCGUUCUUAUUCACUGCUUUGUCGACUGCUACUUCUCUGAAGAAAUCCAGCCGCUCCUCAGCCCCGGACUCAACCACGACAAGCUGAACUCAGCGCCGCUGAUACUCGGUUUGGCCAAUCACUGACAAGAACUUUAGCUUCAAGGGGCGGGGCAACGUGGUGAUUGGCUCGCUUGUUCUUCACCGCUUUCCUGUUUGUUGCAGGCCUCAAACUAUGGAACUUUCAACAAAAUACAAGUACUAGUACUUUUUAAAAUAUUUCAUUUUGUUUUCUUUGCGUUAAUCAGCAACACUAUUUCUUCACUUUAGGCCUGUCAGAUGUUUUUUAUUGGAUCUUUUCAUAAAUCAUUUUAUUGUUUUGAUUUCAGUAAUUUUCCUGAACUUGUACAGCACAUUGGGGAAGCUUGGACUGUUGUUUUUAGAAGUGCUAUGUAAAUAA